AGUGAGAGUACAGAUUCGGAGUCUGAGGUGGGAGGUUUUACAUGAGAGACUCGAGGAGAUGGGUACACUGCAUUGAUAUCUUCCACGUUGUGCGCGAAAACCACACGAUCCCUCCCCGAUAUUACGCAGCCUAUUUAAACGCAACAUCCACACACCCAUUCCAUCACUUACCACUUUGGUAGUCUCACCUGCACUCGCGGUGUUCAGGAGAGGAAUCCAGUGAUGGAUCAGGACAAGUACCUGCCAGAGCUCAUUGCCGAGAAGGAGAGCUUGGACCCGUCGUUCGUCCACGCGAUGCGCCUUCUCGCUGAAGAGAUUGAAAAGUUCGAAGGAGACGAUUUGAGAAAAGAUGGCGAGGUGAAGAAAUACUUGGAUAUCAUCAGCAACAAAAACAUCAAACUGUCGGAGCGCGUGCUGAUCCCGGUGCAGCAGUAUCCUAAGUUUAAUUUUGUUGGGAAACUGCUGGGGCCCAGGGGCAAUUCCAUGAAAAGAUUACAAGAGGAAACGGGAGCAAAGAUGUCCAUCCUCGGCAAGGGUUCAAUGAGGGAUAAAGGCAAGGAGGAAGAGCUGAGGAAAAGUGGAGAGGCGAAAUACGCCCAUUUGAGCAACGAUCUUCAUGUUUUAAUUGAAGUUUUCGCACCACCUGGAGAAGCCUAUUCCCGCAUGAGCCAUGCCCUGGAGGAGAUUAAGAAAUUCCUUGUUCCAGAUUACAAUGAUGAGAUCAGGCAGGAGCAACUUCGUGAGCUCUCCUACUUAAAUGGCUCAGAUGACCCAAGCCGAGGAAGAACCGCACAAGGACGAGGCUUACGUCUGACCUCCACAGCCUCCACCCGAGGUCGAGGGGGGGCAGCUCCACCCCCUCCACCUGGACGAGGAGCAGCAGCACCCAGAGGGACUGUGGGAACACGCACCUCCGUCCCAACACCCACACUAGCCAGGGGAGUGUCUGCACCCCGAGCCAGAGGAACUACAGGGACCCCUGGAUACAGAGCCCCGCUACUGCAAGCCACGCACAAAUCAUAUGAUGACUACGGAUACGAUGAUGGUUAUGAUGGGGAAUAUGAUGACCAGAGUUAUGAGGGCUAUGAUGACAACUACAGCAACCAGUGCACAAAGCAGAAAAGUGUCUCAGAAUAUUAUGAAUAUGGACACGGUAAUAAUGAUGAAGCCUACAACAAUUAUGCAGAAGAGGACUGGAUAUCAUCGCGGCCCAACCUCAAAGCUCCAGCAUCAAGACUUACUCGAGGGGGCUACAGAGAUCACCCCUAUGGUAGAUAUUAAAGGUGCUCCAGAUCAUGUGACCUCCAUACAACGUCAACCUUAUUUACUAAAUAAUCUAAAAUGGGAUUGUUAAGUGAUAGGUCAAUCAUGUUUUUAAACUCACAUUAACCUUGGGGAGGGGGGGGGGGAGCAACAUGGUCCCUUUUCUUAUAUGAAACUGUUGACUUCUUUGUAUGAUACCUUAUGAACGUUAAUUCUGGCUAGGAUUUGGCAGUGUACUUUUGUCAUUGAAUGCUCCUUCCUUUAGUUUUCCAUUGUUUGUCCCCCAAAUGUAAAGCAUGGAAUUAGCCACACAUUGCGUUAAGACAAAAAUGUAUGAGGAGAGACUCAUUUUGUACAUAACAUCUUUCGUAAUUCUUGAUUUGAUGAUGGUAAAUACUGAGUUUGUACAUUUAAUUUUGAUAUCAGUAUUGGGUUUGAAAGCAAUUGGCUAUGUAUGUAGCCACAUCCAAGUGCUUUGCUUUGUGUGUAGCUUGUAUUUGUACAUAAAAAUGUAAUAAAAAGGAUGUAAAGCGCCUUGUGCAAGCUUCUCUAAAUAGGUGAUCAUAAUUGUUAAACUUGUGUUGCUAUAAUUUGUUAAUAAAGAUGAGAUCAUUUUUGUAAAAUUAGAUUAGGUACGUACUUGUCUGUAGUACUAAAUGCCUGUAUGACCUGAGGAAAUGGAUAAUAUGUUUUUUUAUAGAUAUCUAUUUAACAAAGAAAAGCCACAAAAAGGAACCGUAGAAACGUUGUCAAGUCAUUUUGUGUAAUAAU